AUGUCCCGUUGUGUAGAAUUCCCCAAAUACCUCUGGGACGGAUUCAGACACUUGGCAUUAGCGUCAAUUGUUGUGCUCGAACGACUAUUGUGGUCUUGGUGCGCAAGAACGGGCACUAUCACCAGUCCAGGAAUGCCAUCACCUGAACCGCCCAGCGAAUGGGCGUCAACUCCUCGGGAGCCUUCGACAAUUGCCUGGAGAAGCGCGGCAUUAUCCCUAGAGGGGUUCUUCGAAAACUCCAUUCACCACCCACCACGCGCAAUUUCAGAAGCCGUACUGACGUCAGCCCUCGAAUUAUGGCUAGGGUCUCUAAUAUCAUCGGCUCUAAAAUAUAAAAGCCAACAGCUAAGAGGACGAGAACAAUACUUUCCCCUUGGUCUCGAAACAGAAGGGCCCGAUUCAUGGGUGGGAUGCCAAAUAAAGGCCGAAACUACGGUGCUGCUAUGA